UUCAUGAGUACUUCAUUCCUGUUGAAAAUAUUUAUCUUAUUGUGAAUUACUGUGCAAUUUAUUAUAAUCGUUUAGUCAUUGCCUAAAUAGUAGCAGUGAUAGCUUUUGAACUUCAAUAGAACUAGUUUUGACUUCUAUAUCUUGCUGGCAGUGAUAAAAAUAUAUGUGGACAGUGAUACGCACGCAGGAAUCGCAGGAUUUGGAAUACGGUGGACAUUAUUAUAAUACCUAUUUUCUACAGAAACAAUAUCUUAUGUUGUCGUGUUAUAUCAGUUACCGCGAUAAGAUUGCAACCCAGCCGACGACGACUUAUUAUGCACACUACAACUUCAUCGUAGUUAGUGCAAUGUUGUAAAAUUGUUCUUUCGAUACCUAAAACUCGCCCUGCCGCUUAGCAAAAUGGAAGACGACGGAGAUGAUAAAGAUGACUCCAAAAGGAGGACCAGAAACAUGAGUGAGAAGAAAAGGCGAGACCAGUUCAAUCUCCUAGUCAAUGAACUGAGUAGUAUGGUGUCUGCCAAUAAUCGGAAGAUGGAUAAAUCUACGGUCUUAAAAUCAACUAUAUCUUUUCUGAAAAACCACAAUGAAAUUACAGUUAGAUCAAGAGUCCAUGAUGUACAGGAAGACUGGAAACCAGCAUUUCUGUCAAAUGAAGAAUUUACAUAUUUAGUUUUGGAAGCGCUUGAGGGAUUUGUGAUGGUUCUUUCUGCUACUGGCCAUAUCUAUUAUGUAUCAGAGAGCAUAACAUCAUUAUUGGGACACAAUAUGGGUGAUGUGGUAAACAAAAGCAUAUUUGAUUUGGCUUUUGAAGAAGAUCACCCAAUUUUGUACAAUAUUCUUCAGGGCCCCGCUUCACUAGACACAUUACCAAGAGGAAGCCAAGAUAACGAGACACGGUUCCAGUGUCACCUGAGGCGCGGCACCCUGGACUUCAGAGACGAAAGGUCCUACGAGCUGGUCGAGUUCAGUGGCCACUUUCGUACAAACACAGAGCCGCUAGAUAAUGAAGACUUGCCUUAUAGAGCGGAUCACGAAUCCAGGCUGUUCGUGUGCACUGGGCGCCUGCACACGCCGCAGCUGAUCCGCGACGUGUCGCUGGUGGACUCAAACCGCAACGAGUUCACGUCCCGCCACAGCUUCGAGUGGAAGUUCCUGUUCCUCGACCACCGCGCGCCGCCCAUUAUCGGCUACCUGCCGUUCGAGGUGCUCGGCACCUCAGGCUACGAUUAUUACCACUUUGACGACCUCGAGAAGGUUGUCAAUUGCCAUGAAGCUCUCAUGCAAAAAGGCGAACUGACGUCUUGUUAUUACCGGUUCCUCACAAAAGGCCAGCAAUGGAUUUGGCUGCAGUCACGGUUUUACAUUACCUACCAUCAAUGGAAUUCGAAACCAGAAUUCGUAGUCUGUACACAUCGUGUUGUAAAUUACGCUGACGUAGCGAAAAGCGGGAAACAAGAGGCGGCCGAGCCUGAGCCGGUGGUGGAUGAGGUGGUUCCUGAGGAGCCCAAGAAGAGCAAGACGGAGGAUGCCCCCGAGGAGCCCAUCGCGGACUUGUCCCCCACAUACAUGUCCGAGGCGUGCGACUCCUUCGCCGCCUCCUUCUCCGCCGUCUCAAGACCGGCGUCAGUGAAGUCGGCGUCGGGCAGCUCGACGGGCACGACGGUGACGACGGGCGCGCCGUCGCUGUACUCGUCGUGGCCGCGCGCGUGCACGCGCUACGCCAGCUCCGAGUCGUCGCGCUACGCGCCCGCCGAGCCGAGCCGCUACGCGCCCGAAUGCGACACCGGCUCGCUCUCUGGAGACUCGCGCUCGUCCCAACGGAACACCACUCGCUCGAAACGUGCGUUACGAAAUACCGAGUUUGCCAAUUACGGUGACGCUGGAGUGAUGAUGUUCCCGCAGCACAAGAACGAACCGAUGCUGGUGCCGCAGCGCGCGAUCGGCGCGCAGUACCUGGAGCCGGCGCCGUACGUGGGCGCCGUGGGCGCCGUGGGGGUGCCGGGGGUGCCGGGCGUGGCGCCCAUGGUGUCCGCGGUGCCGGCGCUGCCCGGCGUGCUGCCGCUCUCGCUGCCCUCGCUGCCCGUCAUCGUCACGCCCGACCAGGCGCAGAUGCAGUGGCCGUGGCAGGAGCAGCUGCAGCAGAAGCACGAGGAGCUGCAGCAGAUGAUCGUGCGCCAGCAGGAGGAGCUGCGCCAGGUCAAGGAGCAGCUGCUGCUCGCGCGCCUCGGCAUGCUCAACCCCUUGCCCGCCGUGACGAACCAAUACCUAAACACCGAGGCGCAGCACCCGGCGCGGCUGCCCGCCGAGCUGGUGUACGAGGAGUCGGACCGCGCGCUGGCCGUGGCGGGCUACCCGCCGCCACCGCCGCACCCGCACCCGCCGCCGCACCCGCACCCGCCGCAGUGACUCCCCCCGCGUUACCCUGCCGAUGGCGCCCUAGGUAAUCGCCCAACUGAUUCUUACGGUCACUCCUCAUAAACACUUGACGUACCUUUAGUGGUCACUCGAUUUGACGCCUCUGCGAUGUCGAUCAGUUGGCCACUUCGAGGUUUCGAAGCGAUUGCGAAUAUCGCCUUUGAUCUCCGUCGCCUCUCGAUGCGUACUCCCGACGGAGCUGUUCUGCAUGUGUGCCAAUACCAAUGAAAAUGUAUGUGAUAUUUCAAAUUUCUUUAUACGACGCUUGUUUCAUAAUACUGUAGUCAAAUUAUAAAAAGUUAUUUUUUUAUUGUAUAUUAUACAUAUUUUUAGUUCAAGCUCUGCUCAUGUAUUUUUAAUUUGGGUCCUUUUAUACGAAAGCGAUAUAGUGCUAUUUCAAACAUGCCAUAAAACUGUUAGGUAUAUUGAUAAUAUUUUUAAAGCAGCGGUAGUAUUACUUUAGUAUUUUUGAGGAAAUGGUGGGUUUAUUUGUCUACAUCGAUUAAGCGCCACUUCGAUGAAUUCGCUGUCUAUUAAGUGAAAAGACUAGUGUCGUUUAACGUAAAGGCUACCGCAAACACAAAAAAAAAUGUACGUCAUAGGUUUUUUGCGACCAAAUUAUCAAAGUUUUAAAAUCAAAUACAGAGGAAGAUUCCUGUCUUAUUUAUUGCUGACACCCAAGAGAAAAUUCAAAUGAAAACCCAAUCCGUAAAAUGUAUUCAGUCUCAUAUUAUAUGACAGCGAAAACAAAGUUCGCUAUGUGGUUCGUAAUGAAGCAGGAGACAUUACGGACAUAAAAUGGGAUUUACUUACAUUUCAAAGAUUUAUUUAGACAUAAAAAAGAGCGAAACCACUAACAGUUUUCAAUUCUCAAUUCAAUUGUGGUCAUUAGAUCUGAAUUCAGUACCUAGUGUUUUGGUGGCCUGUAUGCUAUGUGGUAUAUGUUAUAUAUUUGUGGUCUUUAAAUGUUAUGCGGCUGUGUAUGUUUCGAUUAUGAAACAGUAUGAAAUCUAUUUUUGUUGAUAUUUUGUGAAUAUAUUACCUAUUUUACUACAUGACAGUGUAGGAUUGACUGGUUUUAAUUUUAAUCAUAAUCAUACAUAAUUAAGUAUAAUUCAGAAUCUAUUUAUGGAAAAUAUAUUUUUCAUUUACUUGUUAGCUUAUUUUGUUGCAUUUGUUUGUAUAAUGGUUUAACAUUUUAUCAUAUUUCAUAAUAUAUUAUGUACGUUAUAGGUCAGGAAAUGAAUGACUAGUGUGUAAAUACUAACGUAAAACACGGUCAAUAGAAUUCAUCUAAACUGAUAGUGAUAGUAUAUAAUAUAUAUACUAUGUACUACUUUUGCCACACGUAGCUAACUUCAUGGCAGAGUUGUUUAGUUAAAGUUAUCUGUAAAGUAAAAUUUAUCUGUAAUAUUCAGGUCUACACAGAGCUGGCUAUUUAUGAAUUAAGGUUAAUAUUCUCAAUGUCACCCCUAAUUUUAUUGAUCUGCUGGUUCCUUCCCUACAAUAUAAUCCACUACGCUGUCAUGAAAUUAGAUUCGAUCAUUUCAUACGUUAACUUUAACAUCAUAUUACCAGUGUUCCGUUGUCUGCAUUCCGUUACGGAGAUGAACUUCUAGAACAGAAUUAGAUACUUACACUUUUUACAUUUAUUACGAUUUGAGGUCAAUUAUAAUGUAAAUUGUACAAUUUUUAUGAUUACUGUCACUUCUAGGCGAAACUGCUAUGUAGAAGUUUAAGUUUAUUUGGUAGCUAGCUUCACUUUGUAUUUGUUGUAGGUAUCUUAUUUAAUGAUUCUUUGCGUCUAGUAAGACGCGUAUUGACAUUUUUAUAGUCUCGGUAGUAUUAUCCAUACUCAUAUUAUAAAUGGGAAAGUGUCUGUGUAUGUUUGGUUGUCCGCUUUCACGGCAAAACGGUGCGACAAAUUGACGUGAUUUUGUAAGUGGAGAUAGUUGAAGGGAUGGAGAGUGACAUAGGUUACUAUUUGUCUCUUUCUGACCCCCCACUUCACUAAAUUGGGGGAUAGAAGUUGGUAUGGAGUAUUUCACAAUUUUCGCAUUUAACGCGAGCGGGUUAAAGCUAGUAAUAAGAUAAAUCAAAAACCAUAAAACAACCAAAAUUUAGCAAUUGUAUAUAAAGUAAUAGUAAUAACUGGUUUCUAUUGACCUUGUUUUGCGAUGUUAGUUUGUUUUAUUAUGUUAUUGUUUUUGAUGAGACUUGGAAAUAUAAAAGUUAUCUGUAAAUAUGUUUUCAUAUGUAUAUUCGUGUUUAGUUGGAAUUAUAAAAAUAAACAUAAUAUAUAUUAAAUGCUUUUGUAAAAGUUAAAAUCACGACUACCCGUCAAGCAGUGUCAUUUGGCUAUUGCGGACGAUAGUGACUUUACGUUUAUACACUAACCCCCUUAUUCAUAAACCUCCACUAAAGUUAUCAAGCCGAUGAAGUUCGUUUGUCCCUUUCUAUCACACCAAUACGUCGGAAAGGGACAAACGAACUUUAUCGGCUCGAUAACUUUAGUGAACGUUUAUGAAUAAGGGGGUAAAUGUUGUUUGUAAUUUAUUAGUUAAUCAUGUUAUAUUUUCUAUGAAGACGCUCUUAUUUUCAUACUUGAAGUUCAAGAUCCCAGAGCCCCGUAGACAUUACGAUUGACUUGUGAAUAAAAAGUAUGUAUGUAAAAUAAAAUUACGGUAUAUUUAAUAUGCUUCAAGCAUUGGUAUAAGUUACCGUGAUUACGAUCGUUUGGUAAUAUUGAUUACGAACAAGGCUAGGAAAAACGCACAUCAUUUAGUUCCGUACAACAUAGAGUAAUGCUUACCUAUGUUAACGUUUCUAUUUGAUACGGCCUACACCGCUUCUUUACUGUUUACUAACAAUUCCGAGUUAUACAUGGGUCCUAAAUUGAUUAUGAUUUCACAACUACGGGCGUUUUCGAGCUUUGAUAUUCAAUAUACUUAAAACAGUAUUUUAUAUUAUACAUAUAGUUGCCUAGUAUAUAAUUUAUAUAAAAAAGAACAUAGUUUAAGGCAUAUAUUUUAUUGAUGAAAAAAUAUGUAAUAUCUGUGGCUCUGGCAUUUUGCAUUACUAACAAGAAACACGUGUGUUCUGUUUAUGCUAUAAGCCAAAAAUGAUCCAAGUCUUAUCAUAAGGUUUGUAAAUAUAGUUUUAUUUCUAAAUGCGAAUUCUUACCAAAUAGAAGUAAAGAAAUAACAGAUCACGUUUGACGACGUCUAUGUAUAUAGCAAAUUAUAAUGUCCAGCCUCUUGCUCCUGUUUGUAAUACCAUCAUCGCGUCCAGAAAGCAGAGUAUAACAAAUAUAUGUUUGUACGAAAAGACUAUUACGGCAUUACUGCAAACAGUACCUACGGUAAAAUUAAGAUCAGUAACAAGCGGCUGGGCAAACAAAUGGUAGUAUUUUUAUGAACACGAAUACCCCGUUAAAAUUCAAUGUAAACCGGUAAAGCACAAUAAUUAAACGAAUAGAACGAAUUGUCGGAUAAUUCAUGUUGUUAGUAUAGUAGUAAUAAUAUUUAUAGAACAAGUAUGUACAUAUACAACAUCGACAAAGAUUAUGAAAUGGGAGUACGUUUUUUGGCCUGAAUAGAAUAUUGAUAGUCCUGAAUGGAUUAGUGUUGAAAGGAAUAGUUGUAUUGGAAGUAGGUAUAUUACGAUGUCUAUCUAUUGACUGACUGUGUAAUAGAUCCAUCAAGGUCCAUAGGCCGAUUAUUCGUAUACAGCGCGUAAACCUAAUAAGGGCGAUAAAUGAAACCAGGCAUAUAAUUCUAUAUUGUUAUCAUUAAUUAAGAGGUGUUUUUGAGUUACUUUUAAUUUUCACCCCAUAAUGAAUUUUUAAAA